CACAUGUCUCUACAAAUAGUCGAAAGUGAAAGGAGGUCAGGGAACUAUGUUCCUAAGGUUUGGACCGAUGAUUUUAUUCAAUCACAAACUAGUGUCUAUCUGGACCAAAAAUACUUGGAGCAAGCAGCAAAGCUUAAGGAAAGUGUGAGGGGAAUGUUGGAAAGUACUGUGACGAAACCAUUGGAGCAGCUGGAGCUUAUUGAUGCCCUUCAAAGACUUGGCCUGUCCCGUCAUUUUACUCAUGAAAUAAACAACAUACUGGCAAGCAUGCACGUUAUGAUUACCAGCAAGAAUGAUAAGCCAAUGAAUGAUAGUUUGUACGAAACAGCUUUACAGUUUAGGUUGUUGAGACAAGAAGGCUUUCAAAUUGCCCAAGAAAUGUUCAACAGUUUCAUGAGUGAGGAAGGAAGUUUUGAUGUGAAGCUUUGUGGGGAUAUUAAAGGAGUGUUAAGUUUGUACGAAGCUUCGUACCUUAGCAUGGAAGAUGAAGAUGUUUUGGAAAAGUGGAGUGAGCUGUGUAGAACAUAUUUGGUGGAAGCAAAAUGGUUCAAUGAGGGAGUGAAACCAAGGCUAAAAGAAUUCCUGGAAAAUGCUGUGGUGUCAGUUGCUGGUCCACUGCUAUUAGUGCAAGCUUACAUUUCCAUAACCAAACCCAUCAACAAGGAACAUCUCCACCAACUGCUCACAGACGACCAUCCUAUCCAUUUUCCCUCCCUCAUCUCUCGCCUAACUGAUGACUUGGGAACCUCAACGGAUGAGUUGGAGAGAGGUGACAUUCCAAAAUCAAUCCAAUGUUACAUGCAAGAAAAGGGUUGCUCAGAAGAAGAUGCGCGGAAGUAUAUCCAUAAGAUGGUGGAAACAACAUGGAAGAAGAUGAACAAACAUUUUAUAUUGACAGAUGAUUCCAAUUUUACUAAGGAUUAUAACAGGACGGCAAUGAACUUGGCUCGUAUAUCUCAAUGCAUGUACCAGUACGGGGAUGGAUAUGGACGUCCCGAUGGUAUAACCAAGGACCGAAUCAAAUCACUCUUUUUCCACCCCAUUCCUCUUCCUCCAUUUUCCAUCGCCUGAUCAUCAUCCAGAUCAGAUUACUUUAUAUAUAUAUACCUACAGAGCUAGCUUAAUUAGUUUGCUUCAUUUUGUAUUGUCUAUGUAGCUUGCUUUCAUCAUUCCAUCUUCUCCUUCUGUAUUCGAUUCCAUGUUUUCUAUAUAUGAAUA